AUGGGCGAGACUGAAGAAUGUUCAAGAAUGCUACUCGGCGUUGAUUGCGAUUGGAUAGGCAGACCUUGCAACCCCAGCAAGCACGGUGGACUCACUCCCGCCAUUUUUAUCCUAGGCCUGCAAGCAUUUGAGAUAAUGGCGAUUGGUGCAGUGGGGAACAAUCUCAUAACUUACGUGUUCGAGGAAAUGCAUUUUCCGCUGUCAAAGUCCGCCAACAUAGUCACCAAUUUCGUAGGCACAGUCUUCCUCCUCUCCCUUCUUGGUGGCUUCCUCUCGGACUCUUAUCUUGGCAGCUUUUGGACUAUGCUCAUCUUUGGCUUCGUGGAGCUCUCUGGUUUAAUGCUACUUUCAGUGCAAGCCCAUCUUCCACAGCUCAGGCCACCCCCCUGCAAAAUGUUAGAGAAGCAACACUACUACUGUGAGGAGGCAAAGGGGUACAGUGCCGUGGUAUUCUUCGUGGCACUCUACUUGGUGGCUCUAGGGAGUGGGUGUCUCAAGCCCAACAUAAUCUCGCAUGGAGCUCAUCAAUUCAGAAAAUUAUACUCUGACCAUGACUCCAACAUUAACCUCCACUACUCCAACAAUUACAAGCUCUCCACUUACUUCAAUGCUGCCUACUUUGCCUUCUGCAUGGGAGAACUCGUAGCACUCACAGUUCUUGUUUGGGUCCAGACUCACUCAGGGAUGAGCAUUGGCUUUGGGGUCUCAGCCGCUGCCAUGGCUAUGGGAUUACUCUGUUUCAUCUCUGGCACAACUCUUUACAGGAACAAACCGCCUCGUGGAAGCAUCUUCACCCCAAUUGCUCAAGUUCUUGCAGCUGCAAUUGCAAAGCGAAAGCAUAUCUGUCAUUCAAACUCAGAGAUGUUCCGAGGCGGCCACAACAAUAUGUCUCAGUGCUCCACGGGCAAUCUCCUCCUCACUAAAAAGUUCAGAUUCCUUGACAAGGCCUGCAUCAAAAUUCGAGAUGGAACUAAUCAGACAUUGGAAGAAAGCCCAUGGAGACUAUGCAGUGUGACUCAAGUUGAGCAAGUUAAGAUACUCAUCUCAGUUGUUCCCAUAUUUGCCUGCACCAUCAUGUCCAACACCAUCUUAGCUCAGUUGCAAACAUUCUCGGUCCAGCAAGGAAGUUGCAUGAACACCCACAUCACAAAGGGCUUCAAAAUUCCUCCGGCUUCUCUCCAAUCCAUACCUUACAUAAUGCUCAUCUUCUUAGUCCCCCUUUACGAAACUGCCUUCGUCCCGUUUGCGCGAAAGCUCACGGGAAGCACCUCUGGGAUUUCGCCUCUAAUGAGAAUUGGCAUUGGGCUCUUCAUCGCCACAUUGUCCAUGGUUUCAGCUGCACUGGUGGAGAAAAAGAGAAGAAACAUGGCUGUGGAUGCUUGGCACCAAACACUGUCCAUCUUUUGGAUUGCCCCACAGUUUUUGGUUUUUGGCCUGUCUGAGAUGUUCACCGCGGUGGGGCUUAUUGAAUUCUUCUACCGACAGUCUUUGGAAGGGAUGCAAUCCUUUUUGAUUGCCAUGACAUAUUGCUCAUACUCAUUUGGGUUUUAUCUCAGCAGCCUCUUGGUAUCUCUAGUGAACAAAAUUACAGCAACUGCUUCUUCUUCAGGAGGGGGGUGGCUCAGUGAGAAUGACCUUAACAAAGAUAGGCUGGAUCUCUUCUAUUGGCUGCUGGCUGGCCUUAGCCUCAUCAACUUCUUAAACUAUCAGUUUUGGUCUGCCUGGUAUUCUUACAACCCAUCUGAUGAUCUAUCACAGAAACAGUCCCCUGGGUUGAACCAGUCAGACGAUCAAUUAGACCACCCCAGCUCGCAGCUUAAUUCAACUCAGCUAGCUAGCUUCAAAGCAAUUUCGAGCUGUUAA